CAAGUGUAGGGAAAACCAAGGGUUAAACUAACCGCAAAGAAAGGCCGUUGCACGUCGGGCUAUUUUGUUUUGUUUUUUAAUCAAACAGCAGAUUUUUUUUUAACAAAUGGCAUGUCCAAGUCGUAUGUAUCUUAGGCGCUAAUAUUUAACUGCGCCGAGGAAGACGAUCGACAUUAUGUCGCCUUUCUCAGGAUACUGACACAAGGGCAGUUUUACAUCGCUUUCCAAAAAGGCGAGCGAUCAAACCGAACCUGCUGCUCUGCAGAUUGUAUCUGACCCAGUAGUUAGUAUCCUAUGUGGAGGAGCACCAAUGAUGUCAGGAAAGCAUUACAAGGGACAUGAAGUCAGCUGCUGCAUCAAAUAUUUCAUAUUUGGAUUUAACAUAAUAUUUUGGUUGCUCGGGGUGGCCUUCCUGGGGAUUGGCCUGUGGGCAUGGAGUGAAAAGGGCGUGCUCUCAAACAUCUCCUCCAUCACUGAUUUGGGUGGAUUUGACCCCGUUUGGCUCUUUUUGGUGGUGGGAGGGGUGAUGUUCAUCCUGGGCUUUGCUGGAUGCAUUGGAGCUCUGAGAGAGAACACCUUCCUACUAAAAUUUUUUUCUGUGUUCCUGGGAAUUAUAUUCUUCCUGGAGCUGACAGCAGGAGUUCUCGCCUUUGUCUUCAAGGACUGGAUCAAAGACCAGCUCAACUUCUUCAUCAACAACAACAUCAGAGCCUACAGAGACGACAUCGACCUCCAGAACCUUAUUGACUUCACACAGGAAUAUUGGGAGUGUUGUGGAGCAUUUGGUGCUGAUGACUGGAACCUCAACAUCUACUUCAACUGCACAGACAGCAACCCCAGCAGAGAGAAAUGCGGGGUUCCCUUCUCCUGUUGCACCAAGGACCCAGCGGAGGAUGUCAUCAACACGCAGUGCGGUUAUGAUGUCCGAGCCAAACCGGAUCCUGAGCAGAAAACCUACAUACAUGUCAAAGGGUGUGUGCCUCAGUUUGAGAAGUGGCUCCAGGACAACUUGACAGUAGUAGCAGGCAUCUUCAUAGGAAUUGCUCUCUUGCAGAUAUUUGGCAUAUGUCUGGCCCAGAACCUCGUGAGUGAUAUAGAGGCGGUGCGAGCUAGCUGUUUGUUCACCUGAAGUUGCAGCUCAUGUUCCCACAGACUUUCAAAGUAGCCAUACGCCCAAGUAACAGCGCCAACCAGUACAAGUCUACAUGCCAAGUUCACUGGGUCAUUUGUAAAUGUGAUAUGAACCAUUAUCUUUUAUGCUGUGUAAAUGCGGGUUUAUUUCUCUUGAUUUUUACAUCAAACACCCCUGUAAGAAAUGUGUAAAAAAAAAAGUGUGGCUAUGCGCAUGAUCCUCUGUGAGCAUGAGUGUUUGUUGGGGUCGAUGGACUGUGAGUGUGGUUUGAGCGUGGGUUUUAGUUUGUGAGUGGUUUGGGUUGGUUUGGGGCUGCGAGAGUUGCCUCUGAAUGCAGUGCAUGCCUCUCACAGUGACAGUGAGUGUCCCAUUUUAGGUUUUUGAUGAACAACAUUUCCCUCAUGUAUAAGGGCAGUUGUAAAUGUGGUUUUACUCAGCGAGAUAUUAGGGAAAUAGUAAUGCUAUGAGAAGCUCUUGGGCCAGUUAGUGGACAGUGGUCAUUGUGCAUACUGCUAAUUAUCUGCUUGUGUUUUUUUUCAUUCUACACAAUUUCAAAAUGUCACUGUCUUUUUUCUUUCUUUUUUGUAAACUCCAUUUAAACAUUUAUGAUAACUACUGGUGUCCGAAUGUCUGAACAGGUUCAUUUUACAUUUACGGCAUCAGGAAGACACUCUUAUCCAGAGCGACUUGAAAUUAUUAAAGUUCACGAAUAUUCUGUAUAUAUUCACAGUCCAGUCUUUUGUGAACAACUUGUGGUACAGAAUCUAAAUGUACCAUGGCAGAAAUGUCAAAUGGUUUAAUCAGAAACACUAUUUCAGAGGUAAGGGUUAUAGAUAACAUAAGAUGCAAGUAGACUUUUUUAAAAUAUAUUUUUGUCACAUUCAGGCUGCAUAGUCAUUUUCAUUUUGACAGCAAUGUAAAUAAUCUGUAAAGAAUUAAUCUGAAUUCAGAAUAUAAAACUGCAUUCACAAAAGACUGCACCCUUUGAAGUCUCCUGAACAGACUUCAAUAGUUUCUAUAGAAGUCACGUAUUUUUGAAGUAAUUUCAUCUGUAGUUUUGCAUACAAAAAUCACUCCUUUCAGAUACUUUAUUUAAAGCAUUAAAAAAAGACUGUUGAAUUGAACAUAAUUGCACAAAGUCUUAAUGUAUUAAUUUUAAGGACGUUGAAAUGUAUAAGGAAAUGUUUCUGUAAUGCAGGCUGUCAUUAAAAUAAUCAUGUGGACUAUUUGUAUUAGAGGAGGCCAGAGUUUGGGACAAUCCCAGUAAGAGUGAUCAGUGCUGAAAUCCAGUUUGUCCUUAUUUAUUUUGUCAAAUAAACCAAGAUUAUUUAAUGUGCUCACCUGCUUACAUUGUGAAAAAUAGUAAUAACAUUAAAACUGAGAAAGGGAUCACUAGAUGGGGUUGGUGUAACGAUUCCAAAGCAGUAUUAUGGGAUGAGGACUUGCCCGUAUAGUCUCUGUCCCAAUACUUGUACACUGACAAAAGGUGUGUGCUUUUGCAAAAGAUGUUAAUAAAUGCACAAUUUAAAUAAACAAUUUUUCCAACUGUA